AUGUACGGUUCGCAUUUUGGCAGCAGUUACGAUGUAGGUAGUGAUGAGGCGGAGGGAGAGAUUGGUUUAUGGGCCUACAGAGGUCGCUUGGGUUCUGUCUUCCUCAUUGACACUGCCAAAGAGAUGUUUGUCAACCCCGGUAAAGAGGAAGAUGGGGAGGAACCACCAUUUUAUCAAGCAGUUAGAGCAGCGCACUCGAGCAUGAUGAGGAAAGUGUUCUCCAAUGACCGAGAUGUGUCUGCUUUAGUGCUCUUCAACACUAGGGAGACCAAGAACCACAUUGACCUCUCCCACGUGUAUACAUUACAGGAUUUAGAGUGUCCAGAUGCAGAGAGAGUCCUCGCGUUAGAGGAACUACUAACAAUGCCUGAGAAGUUGUUUGACACAACUUAUGGCCACAGUACUGAUGCCAGUCUGCAAGAUGCUCUGAGCGUCUGCCAAAGUGUCUUGGAAAAAUGGACGAGCCGACUGUCAGAACAGAAUAUCCUGUUGUUCACGUGCCGAGAUGACCCCCACUCAGGUGAUAGCCAGAAGCAGAGACAAGCCAGGAAGAAGGCCCAAGACUUGAAGGAGGCCCAGAUUGAACUGGAGGUGCUACAUAUGGGAGAAAACUUUAAUGUGAACAAGUUUUAUAAGGAUUUGAUAAUACUUGAUGUGAGCGAAGACAACGAGGACUCGCAGGGCAAGAUCACCUUAGCAGAUCCCACAAGUCGGUUUGAGGAAUUGUUGGAGCGAGUGAGGCGUUUGGACCACAAGCAGCACACCGCUGAACGAGUCAUGUUUACUCUGGCUCCCGGGGUUGAGAUGUCAGUCGGUGUUUACCCGGCAGUUAGGAAAAUGAACAAGCCGUAUAAAUCAAAAAUGUGGCAGGAAACCAACGAGGAAGUGAAGUCCGUGAAGAAAUUAAAUUUACGGAAAACUGGAGAGCCGAUUUCAUCAGAUAACAUUUUAAAGUACCAGGUGUAUGGCCGCAAGGAGGUAAGUUUAACAUUGGAUGAAGUGAGCAAACUCAAGCAGGUGUAUGAUGCUGGUAUACACCUCCUGGGGUUCAAACCAAUCAGCAGUGUCAAGCUAUAUUACCACGUCAGGUCAGCAGACCUCAUAUACCCUGACGAAAAGUCAGUUAAAGGUAGCACCAAAAUGUUUGCAGCCCUGUUGGAGCGUUGUAUAGCAAGAAAAGUGGUAGCAAUAGUGCGCUUUAUUCCCCGUAAAGGAGCAACAGUGUCAUUGGCAGCGUUGGUGCCACAAGCAGAGAAACUUGAUAACAAGAAUUGUCAGGUCACUCCACCAGGCUUUGUUGUGUCACAUUUACCAUUUGCUGAUGAUUUCUGCAACAUAAAACUGAAGAAUGCAACCCGUGCCACUCCUGACCAAGUGGAUGCAGCCAAACUAGGCAUCAAGAAAAAUUUUUUCAAGUAUUCACCGCAGGAUUUUAACAACCCUGAUAUUCCGACACACCUGCGCAACAUUGAGGCCUUGGCCCCCAAUAGAUCCCAGCUGGACCCGGUGAUUGACCUCACCAUACUUGACCAUGAGAACAUCAAGAAGGUGGCCGGCAAAUUACUUGAGACCUUCCCUCUUGUGACCCAAAGUGCAUUACCAAGAAAUGGCCAGCUGCCACCUCCUCCUCAGGCUCCAAGAGAGCAAAGUCUGACCCAAUUCUGGAACAAUAAAAAAUGUGCAAAACGUAAGUCAGAAUUUUUGGCUGAUAACAGAGAUGCUCACACACUGACUGUGGACGUCCUGAGGGCCUGGCUACAGAUACGCGGAAUUUCAAUCAAUGCGAAGAGGAAAGCCGAUCUCGUACUAGAUGUCAUAGAACAAGUUGAUCUGGAGUCAUUGAGAACACACAAUGCAUAGCUACAGGAGUUAAAACUAUCCCAGGAGUUACUGCCAGGAAGGAAGUGAUUUGCUGUGAUUAUAACUCCUAGUGGCUGCCAUAAUCCAUUAUUUUGAUACUGUAAUUGAAUUUUCUUGUUCAAUUGUUCGCAUAAAAUUUACCGGUACAAAAGAACAGAAAUAAGUAAAUAAUAACAAUGUAGAUAACUCGUAUGUGCUAUAAAACUUUAAUAAUAUCCAGCCUUGAAGUUAAUAAGAAAACAAUUAUUAAUAAUAUUUUACAGUAAUUGUGGUCCCUCCAUAAGGUGAUUUAGUUAGUGUCACACAAAUAUUCAUUUACCAAACUUAUAUACAGUAAAGAUUUACCCUAAAGUGAAAAUAAAUACUAAAAACACAAAUGAAAUUGUUACUUCUAUACUGUUAAAUAUUGCUAGUGUAGGGUAACCAACACAUAAAGAAUAGUGCACUUAACACUAAACAACAAAUUUAUUGAAUCAAUAGUUCUUCAGUAAUGAUCGGGGUUCCAUUUUCUACCUCAAGGAUCAUAUGCUGUGAGAUUGGCAUAGGUAGUGAAGUGUGUAUAGAAGGUACAGUAAAACCUCGAUUAACCGACCACAUGGGGGGAAGGGGCCGACGGAUAAUCCGAAAGGUCGGUAAAUAGUACAUGAAGUCUACGGAAAUAAAACAUACAUUUUCAACAUACCUUUCCCUAACUUACCUCAUUUAAUUCCCCCUAUUCAUUUUUGUUCAUUUGCCAAUCAUAUUUCAAUAGAAUUUGCUUUAAAACAUUAACCACUUAAGUAAAUAAAUAUGAACCAGCACAGAAACUGAAUAAAAAAUGGAAAAG